AAUGGAAUGUCUUCUAUCCUGUGUAGUGGUAUAAUAAACCAAACUCUACAAAUCUGCCACUUGCAAAAUGGAACAUGAGAAAACUUACACUUUGUCUGUUACAUGGGAGCAGUAGUCAUUCCAAGAAAUCUCUGCUCAUUUGGACGUUCCUCUUUAGCUUCUUCUCCUACUUUAGCUGCCCCUUUUCCCCCUGUAUAUAUAUCCAUUUCAUCUUCAUAACCUACGCAGUGUGUGUGUGUGUGGAGUCAAGAGUCACCCCUUACAAAAAAAACCAUGGCCAAACAAAUAAAACAGCAACAGUUCCAAUGCUGUUAUCAGAACUGGGUGGCUCAACAACAGCUCGAUCUGGACGAAUUACUCCAAACACUCACCAACUACCCAACCGACGUCGACUACCUCCAACUCAUAACCAAAAAAAUGCUCACCCACUUCGAGAACUACAACAACUCUCGAGCGCAACUAGCCAAACAUGAUGGGCCAUCCUUUUUGGCUCCAAGCUGGGGGAGCACUUUUGUGAACUCGUUUCUUUGGAUCGGUGGUUGCAGACCUACUUUGAUGAUCCGGCUCGUGUAUGCGCUAUGUGGGUCCCACCUAAAUACACACUUGAAGGAGUUUCUUGAAGGAGUUCGACAUGGAAACAUCGGAGAAAUAUCAAGCUUGCAGCUCAAAAGAAUAGAUGAACUUCAUGCCAAAACGGUUAAAGAGCAAGAUAAGCUGUCGUCAUAUAUGGCAACCUUACAGGAAAGGAUAGCGGACGAGCCAUUGAUGUUGCUGGCAAGUGGGUGUAGGGGGGUUGGGGAGUCAAGCGAGGGUGGGGUGGUGGACAUAGCGAUGGACACACAUGCCCUUGAUAUGUAUAAUGUUUUGAUGGAAGCAGAUAAGCUGAGGAUGAGUACACUGAAGGGUAUUUUAGAGAUUUUUACACCAUUGCAGGCGGUGGAGUUUCUGGUGGCGGCGAAGAAACUACACCUUUCUUUACACGAGUGGAGCUCGAGAAGGGAUACAAGAAUGGGGAUUACUCACCUACUUGGUAGUAAUAAUCCAUCAUCCUCCGGUGACCCACCGCCUUUACCACCACCACUGGAGCCGUGAAUGGCAACUAAUUAUCGUUUGUCGUUUGUUUCUUUGUGUUCUUUUGGCGCCUACGAUGGCGCACUUUUCCCACAGCCAUGUGAUGUUGGUAAGAGAAGUUGGUUUGAAUAAUCAAUUGUGUGUGUAUGUGUUAAACGUUAGUUAGUUUUCAUUUUUUUGGUUUAAUUUCCUUAACAGUAGCGGCUGUGUAAUAAAUAUCAAGUUUCUUUGAUAUUUCGAUUUCUUUGUUUUCCAACGUGUUGUUAUGGCUACUUAUGGUC